GGACGCUACAAAUUGGGGUGCCAGGACCACCGGGGAGCUUCUGGGGGCUUCUGCUGCAGGAGGUGGUGACUCCCCAGGGGAGGGAAGCAGCAGACAUGGCUUCAAUGACAGACCAGCAGGCUGAAGCCCGCGCCUUCCUCAGCGAGGAGAUGAUCGCGGAGUUCAAGGCCGCCUUCGACAUGUUUGAUGCGGAUGGUGGCGGGGAUAUCAGCACCAAGGAACUGGGGACAGUGAUGAGGAUGCUUGGGCAGAACCCCACCAAGGAGGAGCUGGAUGCCAUCAUAGAGGAGGUGGAUGAGGAUGGCAGCGGUACAAUCGACUUCGAGGAGUUCCUGGUGAUGAUGGUGCGCCAGAUGAAAGAGGACGCCAAAGGCAAGUCUGAGGAGGAGCUGGCCAACUGCUUUCGCAUCUUUGACCGGAACGCGGAUGGGUUCAUCGACAUCGAGGAGCUGGGCGAGAUCCUGAGGGCCACUGGGGAGCACGUCACCGAUGAGGACAUAGAGGACAUGAUGAAGGACUCUGACAAGAACAACGAUGGUCGCAUUGACUUUGACGAGUUCCUGAAGAUGAUGGAGGGUGUGCAGUAAGGGACCAGACAUUCCUUGGGCCAGCUGCUGCGCCCAGCCCCGCAGCCAACGGGGAGCAGCAGCUCCACAGCGCUCGGACCACCGCCACCCGCACCGGCUGGGACCUGCACUGUGCUGGGGUCCCGGCUUUGCCCCACUGGCGGCUGAGCUUUUCCUCCAGCCUGUUGUGCGCAGUUUCGGUCUGAGCCUCAAUAAAAGGGAAAAAGCUUGA